AUGGGCAAGGUGAGGAGAGCGUGCACGAGCUGCAAGCGGCGGCGGGUGAAGUGCAACUUCGAGAUUCCAUGCAGCCGAUGCAUUGACCGCGACCGCGCGAGUCUGUGCACGCGGGACCCCGUGGAGUCGGACGUUCUACUUGCCAAGGGCCAGGAGGACGAGCUAUUUUUUGCCCGGGAGAACAAGGUGUUGAAGCGGCGGAUCCGCGAGCUCGAGGAGACGAUAUUUCAGGAGGCCAAGGCGCGCGGGGCGGCCAGCCGUGCAACCUUUACGAGUCGGAACUCGAGUCCCGUUGCCGUGGAUCACGAUAGGGCCUGGAAAACGUACGCACAGACGGUGGGGGCUUUGAAACAGGCGCUUGUGGAGCGGUUCACAGACGUCGACAGUCUCUACGCGCAAGAUAUCGAGGAAUGGGCGCUUUUCAAGAGCACCACCCCGACCUCGGCGAAAACAGAGAUCUGGAACCAGCAGCUACGGAUGGUCAAUUCCAUCGACAAGUCGCAGUCCGAUAUCAUUCUCCAGGCCGCCGUGGAUGUCUCGUUUCUGCACAAUGUCCUGGACACAGACGAGUUCCUGCUACAGUACAACAAUUACUGGCAAACAGAGCAGGAGAAACACGUUACUCCGUUUUACUCGAAAAACGAGAAAACGUACUUGUUCAUGUCGCAAUACUACGCCAUGAUGUGCAUUGGCUCGUACUACUCGGACGACGCGCUGCAAAAACGUCUCGGGUACUCGGAUGCAGACUGGGACUCGCUGUCGCGGGCGUUUUUCUCGUGUGCGUACCACUGUCUCUCACGGGGCCGUUUUUUAACGUACCCUGAUCUGCGAGCGAUCCAGUCGUUUGGACUCAUGCGGAUCUGCUGUCAGGUGGUUGGCGGGGUGGACUUGCAGUACUCACUGCUGGGAAACUUCUGCUACCAUGCACGCAAUCUCGACCUGGACAAACUCACCGAAAACGAUGACCAGCUUAAAAUCCGGUGCUGGUGGUCGCUGGUGAUCACAGACUGGUACGACAGCGACUUCCGCACGUCGAUGAUCAUGGUGGACAGUUUCACGACGCCGUUGCCGAACCGCUGGAUCGCUCCCAAGCUCAUCAACGAGCAAAACAUGUACCAGAUCAUGGGGUGUCGGGUGUCCACCAUCAAGAAACGGUACUAUUUUGCUCCCAGACUGUCGGCGCAACACCUGCGAAUUGCCGAGUCUGAGCUGCUCGACCUGGAGAAACAGACCAUAGCAGACCUCAGCUACGCCAGCUCCUCGUUCACGGCCACCUACUCCAGGUUUCUCGCAGAGUAUCUCUUUCUGUACGAACGGCUCACCAUUUACUGUCGAAUGUGCGAGUUUUGCCCCAAACACGAGUGGCUGGCCAGUUACUAUGCGAAAUGCGUCUCGUGUGCAACAGACAUCCUGCUGACUUACACCAGCGAUGAAACACCAGCAAUGUACCGCAAGCCGUGGUUCAUGCCGGACGUGGCAGUGUCUGCUGCGCUGUUUCUUCUGGUGGACUUGGCUUCCAACAAGGACACCCAGCUCAACAAACCACAGGUCCUUGGUCUUGCGGAGAAACUGCUUGUCGUGCUGCGCUCGUAUCGCCAAACCAUCCGGCCAGCUUUGCGGGGUGCGUACAUUGUUGAGAAACUGAUGCACGUUUCGUUUGGAAGACCAAAGUCUGCGACUCCAAUGGCCAAUCCCUGGACCGAAGACCGAGGAUGGCGCGAGUUCGUGAGCUCAUUGGACGAGUUCACCAUGAAAACAGACUUCAUGUGGUGA